AUGUCAUCAACAGCAAUAUCACCCACAGCAUUACAAGCAUUAGAUGAACCAUCACGAAAAGAAAUUAUGAAAUUUAUAGAAUCAGAACAACAAAAAUCCAAAAUACAAACAUCAAUACAUAAUUUUACUGAUAUGUGUUUUAAAAAAUGUAAUCAAAAUAAAGUUAUAACAAAUCCAAAUUUAGAUUUAAAAGAAGAACAAUGUUUAGUUAAUUGUUUAAAUAGAUUUUUAGAUUUAAAUAUUAAAGUUGUUGAAGCAUUACAGAGGAGAUAA